GGGACUUGACCGCUGUGUUUAUCAACUCUCCCGUCGAAAGGAAACGGAGGACAGAAUAGAGAGAAUCCUGAGGGGAUCGAUAUUUCCAGCCACAUAAUCGAUUAUUUUGCUCGAGCUAACCGGAACACUCUCCUUUGAACACUGAUUUGAGUGAGAGCAGGGCGCUGAUGGUAGAAUGUAGUCAUUCAUUAUAGAAUCAUUUGUUCCUCGUAGCCUUUUCAGCCGUACGUGGUUCGUCUGUAGUAAACACGAUACAGUUGUCAUUUAACACAAACGGAAUCCUCACCAAGUCAAGUCUUUUCAGCGUACGUGGUUCGUCUGUGGUUAACACUACACAGUUUUGAUUUAAUACAUACGGAGUCCUCACCGAAGAAAGAUCCUUCAGCAAAGCAACUUAGGAAGCAUCAUGCAGUCAUGCUGCAAAAACGAGCCAAUGCUGUUGUGUUGCGAAAGUCCUGAUUUGAGGAAUUGACUGGUGAUCAAAGGAGACUAACAUAUUCGCUCACCUACAUACCGAUACCGAAGAGGAAAAAGAGACAGCUUCUUUAAAGUUCAGCGACAAUAAAGGGCGUAGAUACCGAAGAAGACAGACAACCACAUGGCGUCACCAGACCCCAAACGAGGCCAUCAUGUUUAAUCGUUUCAAAUAAUCUUUAUCUGGCAGCCAAUGGCGAAAGAGGAAGGAUAUUGCGAUGGCAUACAGAAGAUGUAUGGCAAAAAGAUUCCAUUUGAUCCAGAAGUGAAAUAUGUUAUAGACAAAGGUAUUGAGGAGACCAGAGAGAUGGACCCUGAGGAAAGAGCACGAGUAAUUGAAAGUGCUGGGUAUUUAGCUUUCGACAUAAUGAUUGUCGAGAGUAUGGGAGAUCAUAAAGAUGCUAACGUAGCCAAGAGAGUGAAGCAGGCUGCUGAAAAGUUCAUAAAAGACCAGGUGGGGAAGAUAACAAAUGAAGCACCUCAUAAAUACGCCAAAUUACUCGAGGAUGCAAAAGAAGCCGCUGAAAAGAAAAGAGAGAAGAUUUUCAGCGACGAAAGAAUGAAGAUUCUCAGCGAGGGAAAAAAACAAGCUGCUAAAAAAGCCUCUAAGCGGGAGAAUUUCAAAGGACUCCACAACACAUGCCGAAAAGUGAAGAUGAACGGAAAGGCUGUUGCCUCGAGAGCUCCAUACGAUGACUCUGCCUCACUGAGAAAUGAUCGGGCGGGGAUUGUACUUUUCCUUUUAGCCUUACAGAGGUUACGAUACACCGACGUGUACUCACUGGAAUUGUUUUUGUUUUUUUGGCCUGUUUGCUUGUGUUUCGUUCCCAAUUAAACGUUCAGAAUAUUUUUUGGAUGGCUGUAGAAACACUGGCAGAUAUAACCAACUUAGAACUUAAAAAAAAAAACUAGACGAGAGGAGAUAAGAGCUGAAAUAGACACCUUCAUUUUAUUAUUACACACCUUUUGGUCACACCUUCAUUUUGGUGUGACCAAACGAGUCUCAUAAAUUCUUGACACUGAAGUAUCCAGUAUUUUAGAAUAGCAUUGACGAUGGUCUACUUGAGGUAGUAAGAGUUGAUGAGAGUCAACGAGGAUUGAAGGGUGUUCAUAAAGGGCGCAGAUUGAUAAGUUCACUUAAUAAUUUAAGAGAGUUCAA